AUGGAAACGGUCGAACAAGAGCACAGGGAACAACGCAAAGUAGAUUGUCAACUCUUGAUGCCUGCCGAUCAGGAAGACGCAAUCACAAUAAUGGGAACGAAAAAACAGAAAGAACUUAUUGAUGGAAUAGAAAUGGUGGAGCAGAAAAAGCCAUCACCAUCGUUCAACGGUACCGGUAGGUCUCCGGGACGUGACCAGUUCUUCCAAUAUCCUGGUAUCAUGGAUGACAUUCAACCACUACCAGAUGUGGCUCCACCAUCUCUGCACAGAGGAGGAAGAAGGACCAGAGAGGUGGAACCAGGAGCCUACGCGUUGGGUGGGGGGAUAAGACCAGCAUUUUAUCAUCCAAGAAUGCCAUCCGUGGCAAUGACAAACAAUGAAGUUGCCAAUGAUUCUGAGCCUACUAGUUUCAGCUCUAGUUUGGGACAAUCAUGUUCAGCUGAAAACGAGACUCUUGUUCAUGCCCAGCCCAUCAACGAUGAUUCUGAAAGGGGAGAACUGCCAACAGCAAAACCAAUGUCGGAAAGGGCAAAAAUUGUUUGGAAGAAAAAGAUAUUCUUGUCGUUGACUGUGGAGAUGCUGGUGGGAAUCAUGGUGAUUAUUGGGAUUGCUUUGGUGGUUUCAUUCAGAAACAACAGGUUGACACAGAAGGUACCACAGCUGAAACAACAGAAUGGAGCUAUCUACAUGCACACAGAUGGCCAUGGAGCUACACAAGCUCCAACCACUUUCAUGGAUGGGAUAUUGAAGGGUCUCAAUCUUCCUGACUACACCCUGGAAGCAAUGCAGGAUCAUAGAUGUCCCCAAUACAAGGCAUACCAAUGGUUCCUGGAGAACCAGCAAAGUCUCGGCACCUAUCCAAAAUGGAGGCUGAAACAAAGGUUUGCACUGGCAACAUUCUUCUUUGCCACCCGGGGAGAACAUUGGGUAAAUCACCAUAGCUGGUUGGACUGGGAGACCCAUGAGUGCUAUUGGGAACAACAAUUCACAUUAAAAGAGGAUUUUUCCAGCUUUCAGUGUGAUGAUUCUGGGCACAUUCAAAGCUUGUCAUUUCUACGCAAUAAGUUGGCAGGCACAAUCCCGAAAGAGAUGUCUCUGCUGAGUGCCACUUUGACACGUCUGAAUCUACUAGGCAACAUGGAAUUAAAUGGGCAAAUUCCAUCAGAAAUUGGGCUGCUGACAAAGCUGACAGUUUUGCUCACAUUUAUGACAAAGCUUUCUGGUGGUAUUCCCACAGAAAUUGGAUUGCUGACAAACCUAAGAGUUUGGGACUCGAAAAUGACUGAUCUAUCAGGCAGCAUUCCAACAGAGAUGGGUCUGCUGCGAGACUUGAAGGAGCUAGAACUGGCAUCCAAGGAAAUCACAGGCCAAAUCCCAUCAGAGUUAGGGCUCUUGAGUGGUUUAACCCGGCUAUCUUUGUUUAGCAUGGGUUUAUCAGGAACACUUCCCAAGGAACUCUACCAGUUGCCAAGUAUGGCAUUUUUCUGGUUGGGUGACUGUCCUGGAAUUGAUCUUGGGCCCAUCAUACCUGCCCUUGCUGCAACUCAGAUGCUUCACUUAGAAAGAGUUGUUCUGCAGGGCAAUCAGGGGACGGGCUCCUUUCCUUACAAUAUGGGAAGAUUGUCAAGCCUGAUUUCUCUUUCCUUGAAUAGGUUUCAAUUGAGCAAUGCAAUACCCAGUGAAAUCGGAGAACUGACACAGCUUACAGCACUAGAUUUACAAGAGAAUUUACUGUCAAGCUCUGUACCAUCAGAGUUGUAUCUGCUCUUUGGUUUGAGAUUUUUGGUGUUAAAUUCCAACAUAUUGACUGGUCACUUACCACCACAACUGUUUCAAAGCCUAAGGAAACUAGAGGUUUUGCACCUCCACAACACACAUUUUUCUGGAUCUCUUGCUUCUGAAAUAGGCUUGUUGACCAACCUCAAAGAGCUAGAGCUGCAAUCCACCUCCCUUUCUGGGGAGCUCCCCUCAGAGCUACUGGUUUUGCCCAAUUUGACUGGUAUUUCAGUUGCUAAUACUUCUCUGUAUGGUAGUAUCCCAGAUGGCCUCUGUCAUCUUCUUCACAGGAAUGAAUUGGAAUGCUAUGGCCCACAUGGAUGUUAUCCAAAGAAGAUGACCACGUCUGUUUGUCAGGGUACUGUCUUGUGCGGGUGCAACUGUGCCCCAUGCUAA